UUGUGAAUCCGCGUUGAGCUGCAAAAAAAAGCCCCACUCUUCUUCUUCCAGCCUUGGCACCGGAGCGCGGCGCACCACGACCGAGGACAAGCCGAACCAGGAGCGCGCCAUGAAGAUCUCAGAUUAUCCAGACACCAUUUCUGACUGAGUGACGAUCCUGCUGCCCGGCCGCCGCCAUGAUCGCAACCGGUGGCCUGCUGCGCAUGAACAGGCGGCAGGAUUCUCUCCGCUCCAAGAAUCGCGCGGAAAAUAAGCGGAAACGGAAAUCCAAGAAGAAGAAGAAGAAUGACGUGGUGGUGGUAAAGGGAAAACUCAAUCUUUGCUCGCCAGCUGGCUUGGUGGCUGCGGUUGGAGUUGUGAUCCUCAUGGUUGGGAUCUCCAUGGCCGUGCUGGGCUACUGGCCCAGCCAGAAUCAGCAGCAGUACCAGGAGCGUCGCAGGACUGGCGUGUUCCACAACAGCAGGAUUAGCUACCCCAGAGGCCCGCCGUCUAACUCGACCCGCGAGAAGCAUUCCUCCAGGCACACAAAUGUGUCCAACCAGAGCCAUUCCAACAGCAGCAUCCCCGACCCCGUCCCCCACUGCGGCAUCCUCUGUGACUUCCUGGAUAACUAUCUCUACUCAGACAAUCUGAAAGUCUUCGGACCGCUGGUGAUGGGGAUCGGCAUUUUCCUCUUCAUCUGUGCCAACGCCGUCCUCCACGAAAACCGAGACAAGAAGACCAAAAUCAUCAACCUGAGAGAUAUCUACUCGACGGUGAUCGAUUUGCACAGCAUACGCUCGAAGGAGUACUCGCCCCUGAACGGCCUGGUGAACUACACUCAAUCGAGGAGCGCCGAGGGUCCGUCUGCUUCGUUCCCGGCGAGCGGGGCGCUCACACGCAGCUCCUGGCCUUCCACUGGACUCCACCUAAAGGGGGAGCUGGACGCCGGCGAGACGUUCAGACGCUCGUCGCUGGCCGGCAGGCCGCGUAGUCUCUCCAGAGACGUGCAGAGCUUUACAGACACUGUCUACAGCAUCUACAAAGACUACAGCAACAGUAGCGAGCAGGCCCCGCAGCCCCGGCAGUGGGAGACCACCUCCAUCGUCACCUCCUCCGUGAACGCCUUCACGCUGCCAGUGAUCAAACUCAACAACUGCGAGGUGGAGGAGUCGGAGAGGGCGGAGGCCGAGGGGCGCUCCGAGGAAGAGGUGGUCAUUGAGGCUGCCGCCGGCAACGUUAGGGAGGAAGGACACGGCAGCCGUUGUGUUGAGACGGACGGCACGCAGAGGGACGCGGCGCCGACGGACCCCCCGCCGCCCCAUCAGAGCCGGGAGGACAUAAGCACAGAGACAGGUGAUCAGCAGGGGGCGCCACAGCCUCAGCCCCAUGCACAUUGGACCCAGCUGUUUCCUCCAGAGCCCGUUUCCACGGGAACGGGCUCAAACAGGUCGCUGAACUCCUUCGCAGACCCGCCGAGGCUCGCCCGCCGCUGCAGCCUGUCCGUCUCCGGGGGACGUCAAAGCGACAGAGCGAGGCGUUUCAGCUGCCCCCGACUGGAGCGCUCCAACAGCAAGGGCUACAUCAAGCUGUCUGACCUCGGGGGCGAGUCCUUCGAAGCCCCCGACACGCAGGCGUCCUGGUCGGCUGCGGAUCCGGCAGCGGAAGUGGACGCAGCGGCGGCGAGGGAGGACGGAGCUCAGGGAGGGGACAAUUCAGCGACACCCAGCACUUCAGCCACCGAACCCUAGGUGUUUAUGUUUAGCCCAUGAGCCUCCUUAAUGUCUCCGUGGUGUUGUUCUCUGCUUCGUACCUUCUUCUGCGGUCAGUCAUGAUUAUGUGACGAUUACAAAGGAAAUCAAAAAACAAAUACUUAACUGCUAAGGACUAUUGAAACACAGCCAUGAACACUAAGGGGCAACACUCUUUAUUAAGACCACAACCACUACUCAAUGUUCAGAUGUACGUUUUCUAUUUUUUCAAUGUAGCAAGAGCAAUAUUAAAGACUUUAAAGGAGUUUUAGUAAAGAUUUGUAAAAAAUUAUUUGAGAGAAAGAAGAAAAAAAAAAAAGCGACGAAAAGUCUCAUCUGACCAGACAUUUUGUUUUUUGUAUAACAGUAGGGGCCGACAUUGUAGCUUGUAAAAUUACUAAAACUGUCUCUGAGAACUGCCGUCCAACAUGUUGUAUUGUAGCAUCAACAUGUGCCACAGAAAACUGAAAUAGUCUAGAUUUGUUUCUCUGCAUUGUUCUGUGAAUUACACGUGAAUUGGUGAUUUGAACUGAAUCUCAGGUAGACGUUUGGUUUAGCGUUGAGACCUUCACGAUGAGGUCUUCCCCUUUGUGCACACUUGUUUACAUAAAACAUACAUGGUUGAAUAAAUCUGACUGUAACACCUCUGUUGGGUCCCUGUGUGAUAUUAGACUAAAUACAGCAAAAGCAGAACA